CUCUUUCUCUCUCUCUCUAAGCCAGAGAAAUUAGGGUUUCUGUUUGUCAUCAUAUUCAGCAGUCAGUCAGUCAGUCUCACAGCAUCCGUAGGAGAAAGUUUCUGAGAAUCUGUCACUAUGGGUCGUAUGCACAGUAGAGGAAAGGGUAUUUCGGCGUCUGCGUUGCCGUACAAGAGAUCAUCUCCGAGCUGGCUCAAGACUACCUCUCAGGAUGUUGAUGAAUCAAUCUGCAGAUUUGCCAAAAAGGGACUGACCCCUUCGCAGAUUGGUGUCAUUCUCCGUGACUCUCACGGUAUUCCUCAGGUCAAGAGUGUUACUGGAAGCAAGAUUCUCAGGAUCCUCAAAGCCCAUGGCCUUGCUCCGGAGAUCCCUGAGGAUCUGUACCACCUUAUUAAGAAGGCUGUUGCCAUCCGUAAGCAUCUCGAGAGAAACAGGAAGGACAAGGAUUCCAAGUUUAGGCUCAUCUUGGUUGAGAGCAGGAUUCACCGCCUCGCUCGCUAUUACAAGAAGACCAAGAAGCUUCCUCCCGUCUGGAAGUACGAAUCCACAACCGCUAGCACCCUUGUUGCUUAAUUAAGCUGGAGUAGGUUCAGCUUUUGAGAGGAGGAAGAUUCUACAAGUCUGUUGCUUCCCUUUUGUUUUUGAUGAAUUCUGGACUUUAGUCUUCAUGUGUCAAGAUUUGAUCUGUGUUUGCCUCUUCUUCUUUUUUUGAAUCUUAAGCUCUCGUUACUUUAAGAAAAUCAUAUGGUCAUGAAGUUACAUUUGCCAUCUUAUGCUC